CACACACAAACACACACACAUUGGACAGAGGCAAAGAACUCUGUGAGUCCAUUGAGGAUAUGUGAACGGGUCCACUGACAUUGAGAAAGGGUGGAGAUUCUGUACCACCGCAGCAGUGACAGUCCCUGUGAUGGCCUCCUGUAGCCCCGCCCACAAAGGCUGGUUUGGUGAGAGGGGGGUUCACCAGGGGGUUGGGCUGGAUGUCCUCUUUAGCGGCAGGGACUUUGACACACCUGAACAUCUGUACUCCCCAAAUGAAACUCAACAAUGUCAGCAGGCCAAGUCCCAUUACGCCUCUCCCCGGACACCCCCGAGACCCCUGAAUAUUUGGGGCACAUACAGCCCCCCUCCACAGAGACCCGGCCCCAGGCCUGCCCCCCUCAACCAGUGCCAUGGCUACCAUGCGCACACCCUGCCCCUGCCACGUCGAGCCCUGGCUGUCUUCAAACCCUGGUGGGUAAAACAGAGGGGGAACCACAGGGAGGGAGGGACACACUGUGCCUACAGCAGCCCUCAGGGAUACAAGACUCAUACAUUGGAGAAACCUUGCAUGCUUAGAGCCACUAUCACAUCCAGCUCUUCAGACUCCAAUCACCCUGUCCAGGACCAGAGCCAGGAUUUCCAGGAGCAGUCCAAACUAAGCCAGCAGCACUUCAACAAGCAGCAGCAAAUGCCAAGCCUCAGUCCCGAGACUGCCCACCAGCCAAUCUUCAGUAAUAAGACUGCCUACCAGCCAAGCCACAGUCCCAAGACUGCCUACCAGCCAAGCCACAGUCCCAAGACUGCCUACCAGCCAAGCCACAGUCCAAAGACUGCCUACCAACCAAGCCACAGUCCCAAGACUGCCCACCAGCCAAGCUUCAGUCCUAAGACGGUCCACCAGCCGAGCUUCAGUCCUAAGACUGUCUACCAGCCAAGCCACAGUCCCAAGACUACCCACCAGCCAAGCUUCAGUCCUAACACUGUCUACCAGCCAAGCCACAGUCCCAAGACUGCCCACCAGCCAAGCUUCAGUCCUAAGACUGUCCACCAGCCGAGCUUCAGUCCCAAGACUGUCCACCAGCCAAGCUUCAGUCCUAACACUGUCUACCAGUCAAGCCACAGUCCCAAGACUGCCCACCAGCCAAGCUUCAGUCCUAACACUGUCUACCAGUCAAGCCACAGUCCCAAGACUGCCCACCAGCCAAGCUUCAGUCCUAAGACUGUCUAUAGGAGUCUCACAACUUGGGAGCACAAGGUUAACACCAUUACAGACAACAACACCACUGAGAUCAACAACAGCACUCACUGUAACAAUAUCAAGAGACAGGUGGACAUGACGUCCCAAAAUGUGUUUGGUCAGCCGCGUGUUAUGGCCGCGCUGCGGAGCCCUCACUCUCCACGACAGACCCACACAGACAGGAACAUAGAGGAAGCCCUGAGGAGACUCAUCGUACUAGACAACACCUCAGAGGACUCCAGGACAGACGCAUCCUGCCGUCAAAGCCUCUCUACAGAAAUCAGUCUAGACAAGUGUCCCUCAGACUUCAGUCAGCCUUGUUCUCCAGUGUCUGACUGCCCAGAGCUGGAGGGACUGGGGGACCUGUCUGCUUCGGAGCAAUCCCUGACCGAGGGCUGGAACCCUGGGCACAGCCCACCACCAGAGCCUGGCUGGAGCCUGGACUGGAGCAACCCGGUCAAUGCUUCCAAUGCCUAUGAAGGACAGAGGGCGGUGGAGCCGGUUUCCCCCAGCAAGCCACAGAGGCAUGGAUCAGACAGUGGACCAGCCAGUCACUACCUUCAGGGCUACAGUGUCCAGCCCAUAUUAACAAUCCCAGAGUGUAGUGAUCUGGCAGAUAGGCUUCACCACCUGGAGGAGCUACUGAGACGGUUGGAGGGAAACCUGGAUAAGGAGAGACAAGACAAGGUAGCCUUGAUGGAGGAAGUGACAAUUCUGAGGGAGACCAACCAGCGCCUGUGGGAGGAGUCUCUUUCAUCCAAUGAACAGCUCCGUAAACUCAGUGUAUUGUUCAAUGUGGCCCCAGGAAUGAUGCCUAGAGAGAGGGAGAAUGACCAACAAUACUGAAAAAAAGGAACUGAAUGGACUCCAUCUUAGACUGGGUAACAUGUAUAUGUUUUAGGACGUGAUGGUCUAGAAUGAAGACAUCACUGGAAAAUUAGAAAUACAACACAAAGGUGUCAGGUGACUAUGGGGUGAAUUGGCUGAACACACAAGUAGUAAUAGCAUUACCAAACUGAGGGCAAGGAUGUACAAAGAGAUAACAUAAGUCUGCAUAUAGAACAGGGUAAAACCCUGAUCCUGCAGGAACACAGCCACUUCACAUUUUUUUUCUUCAAUUUAACCAAUCUGGAAUAUCCACUGUUGAAUAUCUGAACUAUUAAUUUAGCUCAGUUAGUCUGAUGCCAGUUAGAAAAAAUUAAUACAGUACCUGCGGCACUCCAGGAACUUGGUUGAUUAUCCCUGAUAAAUUAUUUACUAAUUUCCAACAAUAGACACUUAACUUCUCAUAACAAACACAAGACAAAGUAGGAGCAGGCCACCCUGUCAUCACGAAGUGGAGAUGACAGGGAGGAAGGAGCAUUCAACUCAUACACGGAAAGGUGAAAUGGGUAAAGGAAAGAUGAGAGCAUAAACAGUUAUGGGAGCAAGGGGUGUGGCUUGGGGUAAUUGGCAGACUCUAGUGCAGGGCUGCCCAACCAUGUUGCUGGAGAUCUACUGUCCUGUAUGUUCUCUCUUAAACCCCAUUUGUGACUAACCCGGAUAAGCUUUUCAUCCAGCUAAUUAUUAGAAUCAGGUGUGCUAAAUUAGAGUUGGAGAGAAAAGCUACAGGACAGUAGGGUUGGGCAGCACUGCUCUAGUGACAUUCUAUAGUACAGCGAGUGAAAUACAGUUAGGUCCGGAAAUGUUUGGACACUGACACAAUUUUCAUAAUUUUGACUCUUUAAGCCAACACAAUGGAUUUGAAAUGAAACAACUGAGAUGCAAUUGAUUUGCAGACUUUUAGCCUUGCUUCAAGGGGUUAAAAAAAAUAUAUCUUAAAACGUUUAGGAAUUGUAACCAUUUUCAUACACAGUCCCCUUAUUUUAGGGGCUCAAAUGUAAUUGGACAAAUGAACACAAUCAUAAAUAAAAUGUUCGUUUUUAAUACUUUGUCGAGAAUCCUUUGCAGGUAAUGACUGCUUUAAGUCUGGAAUGAAUGGACAUCACCAAACGCUGGGUUUCCUCCUUUGUGAUGCUUUGGCAGGCCUUUACUGCAACGGUCUUCAGUUGUGGUUUGUGGAUCUGUCUGCCUUAAGUUUUAUCUUCAGCAAGUGAAAUGCCUGCUCGAUCGGGUUGAGAUCAAGUGAGUCACUAGGCCAUUGCAGAAUAUUCCACUUCUUUG